AUGGCGACGGCAGAGAAACUCGGCAAGAUUGCCACGAAUAUUGUCCUGGAAAAGGUCGCGCAGGACAAGCUCAAGGCGGCAGAAGAUGCUUGCCAGCAGAACGAGAAAGCAGAAGAUCCGGCGGCCGCCGGAGCUGGCGUGGAUGUGGAGAGCGAAAGCGGCGGCUUCGACGAUAUGUCCCAUUGGCGAGAGAAGCGAAUGCAACAAAUCAAGGAGGCGCGAAGCAAACAAGACGCGUACAGGCAGCAGGGUCACGGGAAAUACGAAGAAAUCACCGAAGAAGAGUUCCUUCCAUCGGUCACGAAAUCACAGCUGGCGGUCUGCCACUUCUUUAGCCCCUCCUUCGAGAGAUGCAAAGUCAUGGACAAGCACCUCUCGGAACUUGCGCCCCUCCACCUGGAGACGCGCUUCAUCAAGCUGAAUGCUGAAAAGGCACCGUUCUUCACUGACAAACUCCGCGUCCGGUGCUUGCCGUCAGUUGUCUUGUUCAAAGACGGAAUCGCAGUGCACACGGUUGUCGGCUUCACGGAACUGGGGGGCAUCGACGACUUCCGCAGAAGCAAGCUGGAGCGCCUCCUCAUCAAGUACAAGGUCGCUCAGAAACGGCUCGGACGCGAUAUCAGCGACGAAUCAGACGACGACUGGGAAGACAACUGA